GUUGAGGAAGUUCAUAUGGAGAGGGGUCAGACAACUACUGUUGGGACUCUCCAUUUGACUACUCACCAGUUGUUCUUUAAUUCUCCCAACGAAGAACUAUGGCUCCCUUAUCCAAUAAUUCAUACUGUGGAACGUCGUCCGCCAAAUUCUCAAGGCCGCUGGCCACUGCUUAUCAGAUGUCGUAAUUUCGUCUUUGUUACAAUACUUGUACGGAACGAAAACGAGGCCGUUGACGUAUUUGAGAGUAUACAGAAGUUGACAUGCAUCA